AUGCUUCGAAGCACAGCCGUGAUUGGCGCCUACCUAGUGGUGAAAUCCUACUCCAGAAAGGGUGCCCUGAUGGCUGUAUUGCCUCUGGCGAUUCUCCCCGCGCUUUCGGCCUGCCUGAGCGCCACGCUUCACCGUGCUGACACCAGCCACUUUUUCAAUCAACUGGCUCUGACGUCGGUGUUCGCCGCUGAUGCCAUUGUGGAGCUGUACAGCCUCGAGCUGUUCCCCACCGUUAUGCGAGUCCUCGGGUUGUCCGUGGCGGUGAUCUUCAGCAGGUUCGGCGUGGCCUUGGCCUCGCUUCUCAAGGACCUGGCCGAGUGCUGCCACGACUGGGUCCCGCUGGCUGUGGUGGCGUGCGCUCUCGUCUCUGCGCGCGUCCUGGUCAGGUGGCUCCCGGAAACCAAGAACGUCACGCUGGCUGAAAGCGUCUACGACGUAGAAGUGGAGACCAUGAAGCACACGGUUUCCGGUGUGCUCCAGCACGGAAACAUUCGAUGA